CGGACGGACGGACGGAGGGACGGACGGACGGACGGACGGACCGACGGACCGACGGACCGACGGACGGACGGACGGAAGGACGGACGGACAACGGACGGACGGACGGACGGAAGGACGGACGGACAGACGGACGGACGGAAGGACGGACGGACAGACGGACGGACG